CUAAGGCCGAAGGCAUAACGCAAAAUCCCCUAAUUCUCUAUCUGAUUGCUGCGGCCUGCGAAGUGCGAACGGCGAGCGACGGCGACUCCGACCAGCUGCGCGGUGCGCGGACGACGGCGACAAGCCCUUAGUCGCUCAGCGACCGCGACCAGCGACCGGCGACGAGCCCUCAGCCGCUCAGCGACCGGCAACCGGCGACCGGCGACCAGCCCUCCCCUCCGCGACCAGUGACCGGCGACCAGCCCUCCCCUCCGCGACUGCGACCAGCGACCAGCCCUCUACGAGCCUCCGCCUCCGCGACCACGACCACUGACCAGCCGACUGUGUUCUGCUUCUGGAAUCUGGACCUCUGAGAUGGGAGCUUGUGAGGAGGGCAGCAGUCUGAAUCCAGUUGUUUCUUUCUUCAAAAUCAUCGUCAGCAAUGAAUUCUUGGAAACUCUGUUUUUGCCUCCUACAUUUGUUAAAUACGUGUCCCACUUGGUUGGUCAAGAAAUAUAUCUUGAGGACUCUAUUGGAGUUAAAUCAAAAGCAACUGUAUCAUAUUGUAAUGGUACACUGGCUAUCCAUCAGGGAUGGAGCCAAUUCUCGUUGGACCAUAAUGUUGAAAGGGGAGACUUUGUGGUGUUGCAUUUGAUUAAGGGACCCGUAGGACACUUUGUUGUUCACAUAUAUGGCCGAAGUGGUUGUCUGAAAACCAACUUUGAUGCACCUUCAGAGAGAAGUAACAAAAGAGCACGGACUAUCAGAAGCUUACCUGAACAAGAUGAGACUGCAGAAGUAAAUUCGAUGAACAAAGAGCGUUCUCCUACUUGUUUUGCAACUAUGCCAGGCUUUGGAAACAAUCAUCACCAGCCGCCCACAAUAACACACACUCCAAUUAUUGAUGUAGAUAGUGGAAGUAAACAAUCCAGUCCACCUGUCAUGCAUUUUGAAGAGUCAUUUUAUAUGACUGGUCAAGAUACUGGAUACAAUCAAGAGGAGAACAGAAUGCAUUUAUUUGACCUAUCAAGUUUUGAAAUGCCGGCAUUCAGGCAUGCUGAAGGAAACAACUUUUCAAAAGGUAAAAGUGAUCCUCUUGAUCUUGUUCAGCAAGUUGUGCAGUCAGAAAAGGAUACUAUGUCACUGAAUGAUCUUGUAUUCACAACCGAGAGAGAAGCCUACCACUCUCCAGGCAGGAUUCAUAUGGAUUCCAAUGGAACAUCUCACUUUGAUGAAAAAAUGAAACCAAAAGAGAAAGAUCUCUUGCAGGUGAGAGCACAAGGUGUGAGUGGUGUGACCCAACAACCAAGAUCUGAAAUGCCAGCAAGUAGACCUGCUGAAAGAAAGAGGAUUUUAAUAGGAGACAGAGAAGCUAUAGAACAUGUUGAGAGUGAAGUGAUUUUUUUAAAGGAAAAAAGUUCCAAAGAAAAGAUCCCCUGCACAGGCAGUGCUCAGAUGGCCAGAGCAGAAUGUGGUGCCAAAGAAAGUAUUACACCAUGUAAAAACAACAAAGGCCCCUGCACAGGCAGUGCUCAGAUGGCCAGACCAGAAUGUGGUGCCAAAGAAACUAUUACGUCAUAUAGAAAGACCCCCUGCGUAGGCAAUGUUCAGAUCGACAGAGCAGAAUAUUGUGGAGCAUCUGACGUUGCCUCCUUAAUAGCUAAGGAAACGAGAGUAGUUAAGAGAGAACCAAUGGAGGUGGGGAAAGAAGAUACAGGAAAUGAACUGAACACGAGAAGCAAGUCUUACACCAGGGUCAAAAGUGAGCCCGUUGAUUUAACAGAUACACCAAUACUUGCUGCUCCAUCCAAUGACUCCUUUCUGGUGAUGGUUGAUCGUCAGGAUUUUCUUGAACUACCAGAUUCAUGGCCUAAAAUAAGAAGCCAAGAAAAUAAGAUUAUAUUCCUCAAAGAUCCAACUAACAGAGUUUGGCCGACUUUAUACCAGAAGAAGAAGCAGUUGAGAGUUUUGACAGGUGGAUGGAAAGACUUCUGUGUGGCUAAUGAGCUUAAACCAGGACACGAAUGUGUUUUCCAAGCCAAAGAGUUCCCUCAUUACAGUGUUGAUAUUAGACCGUGGCAAAGGAACCAAGCCGCGUGACUCUUUGACCCCACAGGAAAUUUUUGGCCAGUGUAUGGAAUGAGCUUUGCACAGAUAAUGGGAUUUGAAGGUUUUUUUUUUUUUGCGCGGUGAAUAGCUGACCUGAUAUUUAGUGUAGGCAUUGCAUUGCUCACAGGUGCGGAAGCAAUGGAAAACUGGAAAUGGUUUUUGAGGUGUUUUUGUGCUGCUGCACUAUCUUUUUGUCUAGCUUAAGUCUAAAUGAUGAAGCUCUGUACUCUAUGUGGGUUGGGACUUUAUCUUUUGCAAAGCUGUGGACAAAACAUAUAUGCUAAAAAGAUUCACAUAUAGUCUUAAAUACUUAAAUGUUCUUACUAUACGAACAUUUUACCAAA